AUGACACCAUCACCUCCUACACAAAAUAUUAAAAGGGUUCAAUCGCCUGCUGGUGCAGCACCGCUUGGCCCAAAUAGUACCCGAACUAUAUGCACUUCAUGUGGCCAGAUAAUAUUUACCAAUACUUCUAGAAAAGCAACAUCUUCUGCUUGGUUGGGUUGUAUACUAUUGUGUAUUUUUGGAUGUGUUUUUGGAUGCUGUCUAAUUCCUUUCUUCUUGGACUCGUGCAAUGUUGUCAACCACAAUUGCCCAAAUUGUUACUCGUAUUUGGGACAGUACAGACCAUAA